CGAGUCCAAGCACAAAACAGAAGCUGCCUGUUCUCCUUCUCUCUGACAUUCCUCGCUUCUGCUUCGAGAAUAUUUUAAGUUCUCCGCAAGCUAUCUAUCUUUUUAGGAAAAUUCUAAAAUUAGUCAUGGCUGACGAUAGUAAAUAUGUGAAUGUGUAUUAAAAAAUAUAAAAAGUGCACAAAAAUACGUAUUUUUCUUGUCUUUUAGUUUGUUUAUCUGGACUGACAAUAGCAGCAAGUCCGAUCUUUUUAUGGGCUAUCGUUUCUACUUCAGCAAUCGUUGUUCGUCCCAGUAUAACCAAGAACUGAAGCCAGCUUAGAAACAUUUGGGAAAAAGCUACUCCGUAAUUCAGAAAAAAAAAAAGUUGGGUCCUUGGUUUUGGGUGUGGUGGUUUAAUGGAGAUUGGGCUCGUCGAUUUGUUGAGAGCGGCCUGGCUCGCUGCCACGCUGCCUAUACUCGUCGCUUCCAUACCCUCUUCUCACCUCAAUUCGUUUCGCGAACUUGUGCUAGGGUUUGCCAAGAGAGGAAAGAUCAUGCAAUCGUCUUCCAAUAAAUUGAGUGUACCUCAGAACUGGUUCUGUCAUUUUUAUGCUUUGGCUGUGGUUUGGACAACAUUCUUGUUGCUUGCCACUUGGUUUUACGCGCAUAACAUGGCACCAUUGGUCUCUGAGCCAUUCCAGUACUCCUCUAUUGCCACGUACUUGACAGGGGCGUCAAGUAUAUUUUCUUCGCAUAAAUCUCGUUCAAGCGCCCUAAAGCAUAGAUAUAGGGUUUGGCAAUCUGUAUUUCUGCUUUUGUUGAUGGAAGUUCAAGCUCUGAGACGCCUUUAUGAGACUAUAUAUACAUUCAAGUACAGUCCCUCAGCCCGGAUGCACAUAUUUGGCUACCUAGCUGGCUUGUUUUUCUACGCAGCAGCACCACUUUCACUUUGCUGCACAUUUGCACCGGAGGUCUUUCAAUUUGCAAUGAACCACGUGGCUGAGUUUAUAGUUAAAGGAAAGAAUCAGAUGUUUCAGAUCCCAAACAGUGAAUUUGAUUGGUGGGAAUUUGUGGGUCCUCUUAUGAAACUUCGGUGGAACUCAUGGAUUGGAAUGGCUAUAUUUUUCUGGGGUUGGAUUCAUCAGCGCCGUUGUCAUGCAAUUCUUGGCUCAUUACGGGAGAACUCAGAACAAGCUGAUGAGUACGUAAUCCCUCAUGGCGAUUGGUUUGACUAUGUCUCAUCUCCGCACUACCUAGCUGAGAUCGUUAUAUAUGCUGGUCUUGUGGUAGCUAGUGGUGGUACAGACCUCACAAUCUGGUUACUUUUUGGAUUUGUGGUGGCGAAUCUUGCUUUUGCAGCGGCAGAAACACAUAGGUGGUAUCUACGUAAAUUCGACAAUUACCCUAGGGACCGAUUUGCCAUUAUUCCGAUUGUAUAUUAGUGCUUACACUACAGAGAAAGGGUUCCCCAGGAAAUCCGAAAUCAUCCUAGUGACUGAACCCUUUUUUGGCGUUUUUUUCGCCAAGUAAAGCUUUACUUUGUUCAAUUGGUGGCGGCAUUUGUAUAGACAGUCAUCCACAGGGUAUGAUAUGUAUCUGUUGUUUCAUUAGUAAAA